ACAGUUUCGAUGUGCGCGGCCGCAGCUUCAACAAAGCCCUCCAUUGGUCAGAUCCUCUGGCUUUCGGGAGAAGAGCCUACUUCGUCACCAUGUCCAGACCUUCGGCCCUCACAGUCGAUGCUGUUCAGCUCGAUGAUGAGGGCAUCUACAGAUGCAGAGUAGACUUCAAAAAUUCUCCUACCAGGAAUUUUCAGAUCAAAUUAAAUGUUGUCGUGCCACCGCAUCAGCUGCUCCUCUAUGAUGAGGCUGGGCGUGAUGUUGCUGGAGUGGUCGGACCUUUGGAGGAGGGAGGCAACUUCACUCUACUCUGUGAGCUUAGAGGAGGUCGUCCACAACCCACCCUCACUUGGCUGAUCAACAACAAGCAGAUAGACGACCACACCAUACUCAAGAAUGAUGGCAAGGUCAUCGUCAGCCGCAUCAGCAUUGGUGGAGCUGAGAGGAGCUGGUUGAACACCAGCAUCAGGUGUCAAGCCACCAACACUCCGCUAUUGAGUCCUCAUGAAAGAACUGCUCGCGUGGAAAUGCAUUUACGACCAACAUCAGUGAUGAUAACGAAUAAACCUGGCCAGAUGUCAGCUGACUCCGAGAUCACCAUCAUCUGCGUCACCCACGGCAGUAGACCAGCGGCUCAAGUUACCUGGUUCAGAGAGAACAGAAGAUACACGAAGGGAAAGCACAGCGAGUUCACGAAUGAGACGACCACUGUCAGCAAGCUGACGAUGUUGCCCCAACCUGAAGAUGAUGGAGCCAUGAUCCGAUGUCGAGCUGACAAUCCGGUGCUAAGGGUGGCGCUGGAAGACGCCUUCAGAAUGACUGUUGUUUACCGUCCAGUUCUGACGAUGUCUCUGGGCAGCACCCUGAACCCCAAUGACAUAAAAGAAGGAGAUGACGUCUACUUCGAGUGUAACAUCAAGGCCAAUCCUAAGGAGCAUCGAAUCUCCUGGUAUCAUAACGAUAUACAAGUGAGCCAGAACAUGUCUUCGGGAGUGUUCAUCAGCACCAAGUCCCUCGUUCUUCAGAGGGUAACGAAGAGAGAUGGCGGCCUCUACACUUGUAGGGCAGCCAAUCAAAUGGGGGAGUCUAGCAGUCAAGCUGUGUAUUUGAGGGUGCAAUACGCCCCAGUAUGCGCCCAGCCUUCUCCGCUGCUGAUUGGUGCGCGCCUCGACGAACAAUUGCGCGUACGCUGUACCGUGAACGCAGACCCCGCUGACGUCACAUUCUAUUGGCAGUUCAACAAUAGUGGCGAGAGCUUUCAAGUGUCUCCUGCGAGAUAUGUUUCUACGGGUGGAACAUCAAGUGAGCUGCGGUACCGGGCAGCGAGCGAGCGAGACUACGGUGCCUUGCUCUGCCGCGCCACCAACGCCGUGGGUCGGCAGAAACGGCCCUGUGUCUUCCAAAUAGUUCCAGCUGCUCGUCCAUCACCACCGCGGAACUGCACAGCUAAGAGAGUAAUCGUCCACAACGAAGCACUCCUCUCCGUCAAGUGUGCAGCUGGCUACGAUGGAGGUCUAAACCAGCACUUCACUCUGGACAUCCUGGGAGAGAAUGGAAAGACCCUCUCUAAUACUACUGCUAAUUUUAUUGAUCUAAUAGUCUGGUUCAACAUCAGCUGGUCAGCAGUGGAUGCUUUAGAGGAAGAUGAGGAUCUUGCAGUCACUGCUCGGAACAGCAAGGGCGCUUCAGAUCCUGUAUUGCUCCGGGAUCUGGUCUUCAGAGACGCAGAGAAAAGGGCAGAGAGCACAACUCGAGCUGAGACGAAGUUUCCGACAGCUGCUGCGUUCGCGGGACUGGCUGCUAUUUUAACUGCGGCAGGCGCUAUUGCAGUACUCGCUGUGAGAAAGCGAGGAGAGACUACCACCACCUCCAAGCGACCUUCGCAGAGCGUAGUGCAAGUAGAUGCUCAGGGGAGGCGGUUUCUCAUAGCAUACCCUGCACCUGCAGACAAGUUGGAGACCAAACCUGAUAUACUGAAUCCUAAGUCUGACAACGAGCCGCCGCGAGUGGUGCUGGAGUCCAGUGACAACAAGAGCUACAGCAUCAGGGAGGCGAGCUCCGUGCCACACAAGUCAGCAUACAGCCCACCACCUCCACCAGAAAAUAUGGUGAGAGAAUAUCUUACUUCCUUAGAUUUCAGACGAUCAUCAGCAGACUGGUCGCAAUUUUUCAAGCCUCUUUCCUUUUUUUUUGAUGAACCUUUCGAUGAACUUGUUACUUUUUGGUUACGCUCGACACUUUUCGAACGAGCUCGAAAAUUUACGGGCAAGUACGAUAAUCAUCAUAAACUUCAUGACAAUCACCACCUCCAAGUAUCAGGAUCUCCUUAA